AAACGCUACAUUUUUUUUUUUUUUUCGGUAAUGGAUAGAUAAUACUCUCACCCUUAGCAAGUUGAAGACAUUCAUUUAUAUUCUGCACCUACGCCGGCGUGCAUUGUCGCUCCGGCCGGCUAAUUCCAUCUUCCAAAAGCUUUCUGAGGGAGGUGAUCUAAGCUUAAUGAUCCAUGCCAAUCAUAGUCAAUAAUAACAGGACAGAUAUCAGGUUGAAGAAUUAAUGGUGCUUUUGAACUUUUGAUUAGAAGAGGAGAAGAUCCAAACUGCUUUGAAUUUCUUUACUAGAAAGUGUUUGCCUACACACAAUGGUUUCACUUCUUGCAUUUUGGAACCAUUGAGUGAGUGCUUUUUCGAGUUCAGAAUACCGAGAAAUAAUGGAUUUCAGUGACGGCUUCGUAUCGAAAGAGCACAGGGAGCUUCAUCGUUCUGCUUCAGAAAGUGCAGAUCCACUCUCUGUUUCUCCAUUGCAGGUUUCACCAAAAUCUCCAAGGUCACCAAAGUCUCCAAAGUCCCCAAAAGUGCAAGCAAAGCAUGGCAAAGGAAGUCCACUUAAGCAUGACAAGCAUGCAUGUUCUUCAAAAUUUGGGAGUCCUAAAAAAGGAGGCUCUGGGGGAAAAGGUACCUGGGGAGGAUUACUUGAUAUGGGUGAUGAUUAUAUUCUUGAUCCAAAUGACCCAAAUUAUGAUAGCAGCGAGGAAUAUGAACAAACAAACUUGAAAAAAGAGAUCAGAGCAGAUUUCUUGGACUACAAGAAGAAGGCCACCAUUAUAGUGGAAGAAUACUUUGCCACUGAUGAUAUCACCUCAACUGCAAAUGAACUCAAAGAAGUCAAUAUGCCUGGCUAUAACUACUAUUUUGUGAAGAAGCUUGUCUCACUUGCCAUGGAUAGGCAUGACAAAGAGAAAGAAAUGGCUGCUGUUUUAUUAUCUACACUUUAUGCCAACAUCAUUGAUCCCCCACAGGUUUACAAAGGCUUCAGUAAACUGGUGGACUCAGCAGAUGACCUUAUUGUCGAUAUACCAGAUACGGUUGAUGUUCUUGCACUAUUCAUAGCUCGAGCUGUUGUUGAUGACAUACUUCCUCCUGCAUUCUUGACCAAAAAAAUCGCUACUUUACCUAAGGAUUCAAAAGGGGUUGAAGUCUUGAAAAGAGCUGAGAAGGGCUAUUUGUCUGCACCUCUCCAUGCAGAAAUCGUGGAGAGGAGAUGGGGAGGUAGCAAGAAUAAAACGGUUGAGGAUGUGAAGGCUAAGAUAAACAAUUUCUUGAUAGAGUAUGUAGUAAGUGGUGACAAGAAAGAGGCUUGUAGAUGCAUCAAGGACUUGAAACUUCCUUUCUUCCACCAUGAAGUAGUUAAAAGAGCUCUAAUAAUGGCAAUGGAGAGGCGUCAAGCUGAAGGGCGACUGCUAGAUCUGCUGAAGGAGGCUGCAGAAGAAGGUUUCAUCAACUCAAGUCAAAUAUCAAAAGGGUUUAGUAGAAUGAUUGAUUUAGUUGAUGACUUAUCCCUUGACAUACCAAAUGCAAAGAAAAUAUUGCAGUCACUUAUCUCCAAGUCAGCAUCAGAGGGUUGGUUAUGUGCAUCAUCUUUGAAAUCAAUCUCACCAGAUUCACCGGGAAAUCGAUAUUUGGAGGAUAGAGUUGCUAGAAUUUUCAAGAUAAAAGCUCAAUCUAUUGUUCAAGAGUAUUUCAUGUCUGGUGAUAUUUUUGAGGUAAGUAGCUGUUUGGAAUCGGAUAAUGAGACUUGUUCUGCUGAACUGAAUGCUAUAUUUGUGAAGAGACUGAUAACUCUGGCAAUGGAUAGGAAAAAUAGAGAGAAAGAAAUGGCAUCUGUCCUGUUGUCAUCCUUGUGUUUCCCACCUGAUGAUGUUGUAAAUGGGUUUGUAAUGUUGAUAGAAUCUGCAGAUGACACAGCUCUAGAUAACCCUAUUGUUGUUGAAGAUCUCGCUAUGUUUUUAGCUAGAGCUGUGGUGGAUGAAGUCUUGGCCCCACAACACUUGGAAGAGAUUGGGACCCAGUGCUUGGGACAAGAAUCAAUUGGGAAUAAAGUACUUCAAAUGGCAAAGUCAUUACUUAAAGCUAGACUUUCUGGGGAAAGAAUUUUAAGAUGUUGGGGUGGUGGUGGAGGAGGAAGCAAUAGGCCUGGUUGGGCAGUUGAGGAUGUGAAAGACAAGAUUGGGAAGCUGCUAGAAGAAUUUGAGUCUGGUGGGGAUGUUAGAGAGGCUUGCAGAUGCAUAAAGGAGUUAGGCAUGCCAUUUUUCCACCAUGAGGUUGUCAAGAAAGCACUAGUGACAAUCAUAGAGAAGAAGAAUAAGAGGCUUUGGGUUUUGCUGGAACAGUGUUAUGGGUCUGGACUUAUAACAAUGUAUCAAAUGACCAAAGGUUUUGGGAGGGUUGCAGAAUCUCUAGAUGACUUGGCUUUGGAUGUUCCUGAUGCUGAGAAACAAUUCACUCAUUAUGUUGAACAAGCCAAGGAUGCUGGAUGGCUGGAUUCCUCAUUUUCUUUUAGCAGAUAAGAAUCAGAUAAGGUGAGUGGACGGCUCAGGUAGCAAUGAUCAUCACCAGGUCCUUGGUUUGUUUAGGACUUGUGAUUAAAAAUCCUCAACCCAUAAUUUAGUAUAUGUCCCAAAAAAAAAAAAGAUGAACGGAUAUGCUUGUGACAAAGAACUGCAUCUACUAGCUACAUGAUUAUAUAUAUAGUCUAAACUUCGUAAUAUUCAAUGCAUACAGACAUUCAUACACUAACAUUUACCAUAAAAAAUUUUCCCCAUGCACAAAUUAAGUCAUUUUGCUCAACUAUUUGCUCUUGUUUCAAAGGGCCAAUUAAGAUCAACUGUUAGCUUUAUUCCAUCUUGCUUAUUAUUAAGAUAAUUUUAGUUA